UAUAAAAAAAAAUUAAUGAGAAAAAAAAAAGGCAGCUCUCGAAUCUAGCAGCUUUUUUUCUUUUAGCUCCUUUUCUUAUCCUAGCGGUAAGCCAUUAUAUAAGGAAACAUUUAUCUCUGAAGACUGAAUCGGCAGAGCUGAUAUUCCUCUGUGUGCAAAUCCACUGAAAUCACCUGCAGGCACAUUCUUGCUUGUAAAUGCCUCCAAUGGGAAAAGGGUUGUGAGUUUAUGGGCCGAUGUCUUGAAAUAGUUAACUUUAAUGCUUGUUUGCUCUUUUGUUCGUAAUUUGUACGACUAAAUGUCUCUUCAGACGCUUCUGAGUGGAUUUAUAUUUUGGGUUACUGGAAUGACUUUGGAGAAAGAAACCCACUAAAUAGGACAGCAUUUGAUACAAAGAAAGCUUCUGGUUAAGGCAGUUAAUGACCCACAUCAUGGAUGAUAACGGUGAUCCAUUUCCUCGGCUGGGGAGUGUGUAUAGAAAAUGUUCUGGUGGUAGCCAUGUUAAGUUGUCGAGUGAAAAUGUAGCAAAUGCCAGUGGAAAAUCUGCACAUAACGAUGGAAAGAUUCCUGCAGAAGGCCGUGGUCCUCAGAUCUCUGUUCCUGGUGCAUGGGGAUGUCCAAAUUUGAUGCAUAAGCUUGGGAUACAAAGAUAUGACAAUGCCAGGACAAAUCAAAUUGGUGGUUUCCAGAAUUUCUCCAGCUCUGGAAAUGACUUUCCUUCUCAACGGAACAACUGUAUUAAGCAGGGACAGAAUGGGACUACUACUCAAGUUGGUUCCCCUCAGUUGAAUGGUGGGGAAGAGAGGAAGAAGCAUGAACUCCCCAACUGCCAAGAUGGUGGCGUUAUUGAUGAUAAGAAUGGGAUUGUUGAUAACAGUGAUGACGAAGAGGAGAUAUUUGGCAGUAGUGAUGAUGAGCUUUCUGAGGAUGAUUUUGAUUUAUAUACGAGUGAAAAGAGCCACGAAAUGCGUAAGAAGAACAAAUGGUUCAAGGGAUUCUUUGAUGACUUGGAAAAACUAACUGUUGAGGAGAUGAAUUCACCAGGAAGAAAAUGGCAUUGCCCUGCUUGCAAAGGUGGUCCUGGCGCCAUUGACUGGUAUCGAGGCCUGGAGCCCUUAAUGUAUCACGCAAUGACAAGAAAGACAAGAAGGGCAAAGCUCCAUCGUGUGUUUGCUGAAACUUUGGAUGAAGAGACGCGAAGGUGGGGAAUUUCACUGGCACCACUUGGUGUAGCCUUUGGCAGGUGGGAAGGUCUAAAUGAGAGAGUCAAAGAUUAUGAAAUAGUUUGGCCUUCAAUGGUUGUCAUCAUGAACACAAGAUAUGAGCAGGAGGAAAAUGGCAAGUGGAUUGGCAUGGGAAACCAAGAGCUUCUGGAUCACUUCAAAUCAUAUGCUGCAUUGAAGGCUAGGCAUUCGUAUGGUCCACAAGGGCAUAGAGGGAUGAGUAUGUUGAUUUUUGAUGACACAGCAGCUGGUUAUUUAGAGGCUGUUCGUCUGCACAAGCACUUCAAAGACCAAGGAAGAGACAGGAAUGCCUGGGACAGUAAUCGAGUUUCAUGUUGUUCAGGUGGGAAGCGCCAGCUCUAUGGGUACAUGGCUUUGAAAAAAGAUUUGGAUAUUUUCAACCUGCAUUCUCAAGGGAGGUCCAAGCUGAAAUAUGAGAUGAGGUCAUACCAAGAGAUGGUUGAGAGACAAAUAAAGCAAAUAAAUGAGAAUAGCCAACAAAUCGUCAAGUUUAAGGACAAGAUUGCUCAAGAACAAAAGCAUUCGAAAGUUCUAGCUGAGUCAGUAAGCAGAUUGAGCAAGGAGCUGCCCAAGAGUAUAGAAAAGAGUUGCGGUAUGGGACAGCGAACUAAGUUGCUGCUUGAAGAAAACAGGGAAGAGAUGGAUUCCCAAGAACAAUUUUUCAAGGAUCAAAUAAAAAUUAUACAUCUAGCUAUUGAUGCAAAAGAAGAUAAUUUUGAGAAGUUACAACAGGAAAAGUGGGAGAAAGUUGAGCAGUCAAAUGCAAAUCUUUUUACCAUAAAGUAUACAAGUCGGAUGGAGGACAUUGUUAGUUUCAUAAAAAUUCAGGAUAAAGAAAUGGAAGAAUUUGAAGCAGAGAGGAAGAAGCUGAUAAAAAGUCAUGAAGACAAGAAGGCUUCAAUUAUGAAGAAAUACUGGGAGGAGCUGCUUGAGUUGGAAAAAAAGUUGGAAAAUGAUUUAAACCAACUCAUGGAAAAGUACAACAAAAAUCACCCUGAGAUGCAAACCAGCAACAACUAGCUAUCAAUUUUAAGCUGAAGGGAGAGUAAGAGAAUAGAGAAGAUACUGAAUACAGAAUCUGUACAUGCAUACACUGGUAAACAGCAUGAAAAAAGAGAAUUUAUUUUCUUUUGAAAGAAAAAGAUAGGAACCAAAAACUGAUUCUUAUCACUUUUCAUGUUUUGUUUCUGAGCUGCCUGUAAUGGUAAUUUCAGCCCAUAUUCCUUAGUGCAAAAAUUUCAUCUUUUCCAUAUGUACUCUUUAUGUUCCAAUUCUGGACUUGCAGGAAAUGAAAUCUUCACGAUUUUGAUGAUUA